GCGUCAGCUGGCCGGCCCCCGUCGCCACGCAGACAGAUGUGCAAGAUGGCCCAGCGGCUUACAUUUUACAUUUGUUUGAUUUUGUCUCUGCAAACCCUCAAUCCCUUCAUCGUAUUGAUUCGGGCAAAUGAAUCAAAUCAAGAUGUUAACAUUGAAGUUAGGUUUCUGCCAGAAAACUGCAGCCAGAAAGCCAAGAGAGGAGACAUGCUGAAUGCUCAUUAUGAUGGAUAUCUAGCUAAAGAUGGAUCUCAGUUCUAUUGCAGUCGUUCGACAAACACGGGUCACCCACACUGGUUUGUGUUAGGCGUUGGAGAUGUUAUUAAGGGCCUCGAUUUAGGGUUGGACGGCAUGUGUCCCGGUGAGAAGAGAAAAGUCACAGUUCCUCCAUCUCUGGCAUACGGCGAGAAAGGAAAAGGUCCUGUACCACCAAAUUCAACUGUGAUCUUUGAGGUGGAGCUGUUGUACAUAACUAGAGGACCACGCAGCAUAGAUGCCUUCAAAGAAAUUGACGCUGACAACGACAAGGCCCUGACAAAAGAAGAGAUUAAGGAAUACUUGAAAAUGGAAGCAAAGAAGUUAAAUACACAGAAAGAUGAAUCCUAUUUUGAUGAUGUUGUGGCAGAUGUGUUCCAUAAGAAUGAUCACAAUGCUGAUGGGACCUUAUCACUAAAGGAGUACGAUGUUUAUGGUCAUGAUGAACUAUAAACACUAUUAGAAAGACAUUUUUAUGCAGCUGGUGCACUGGAUAUUGUCUACAAGACUUCAAACUGUAGAGUUGCUAAAGGAUUUUGCUUUGAUGAACGCCACUAAAUUUUGAGUAAAUUUCACUCAAAUACUAACUUGUACUAAUGCAAAAAACUAAUAGCGCAUAAAAAAAUAUGCUUUUUCAAAACCGUUCAGACCUUUAUUCAAAAUGCUGGCACCUUUCUCAAAUUUAUCAUUAUCUUAAUGUUCUUCACGCUAAGAAAAAAAUGUUCUUUUAAGAACUGUUCAAAGAUAGGUUCUUUGUUUGGAGGACCAAAAAUGGGUUUUCUAUGGCAUCUCUGCAAAAAGCAGUGUAAACAACCUUGUUUUUUGAACACAGCACACAAUGGUAAACUUUGCACACAUUUGCAAAUAUUUAUAGACCAAUAUAAUCCAUAUCGGUCAACCACUAUUUACAGCCAAACAAUUCAGGCAUUUGAACUCACGGAUUGCAUUUAUAGCUCUGUUUAAAUCAUUAUCAUAUUAAAUGUCAUAUUUACAUUGUAUAAUGUUGAAAAAUUUACUUGAACAGCAUUUUCUAAACAAAAUGUAUUUGCCAUGUGUUUGCCUAAGUAAAUAUACAGUCACCCUGUGAAAUA